UGGCUUCAGCGCUAUCGUAGCUAGAGUUCCUUGCGGAACAACGAAGUUGUUACCCUACCUCAUGCUCUGCGACGUGACAGAAGACAGGUUUUUUUUUUUUUUUUUUUGCUUUAGUAUAUGCCCUACAACGGAUGCUAUUUUUGGUCGAUAUAGAAAGAGGCCGAGACGUAUAAAGGUACCUAAUGAUAAAUAUAGAUACAUUAGAAGAGAUGCAAUAUCCACUAACACUGGCGUUGGUCACGUAAGAACGCCGCAAAUGAGUAUCACGGGGUCUCUCGCCUUAAGCGCAUGGAUUUUGAAAUAGUUAUUUAUACCCCGAUAAAAUUCAAGUAUAAUGUAUAAAGACAGGUUGGAAGUUCUCUUUCAGUAUAUGCGGCUUCCUCUCUGCUAAGUCCAUUAUCAACUGGCCAAACAGUCCGUUGGCC